UAUAACUCAGGGUCUGUAGACAUGGUUCUGGGAAAGCCAGACCAGAUCAGACAAGGAGAGGAGGAAGGUGGCCUUUGAGCUCCACGUGCCUUCAUGGCUGCCAACGAUGCAGGGGCUCCUUGCUGCUCAGACACAGAAGCAAAACAUAAAUAGGCAACAGAGUCCAAGUCCAAGUCACAGUGGAAGCCGAAGCCAAAGCCAGAGCCCCAGUCCCAUUGUCAGUCCCAGCCCUAGUCCACCCAGGACUCCUAAAGGGACAGCAUACACCAGGGACCAUCACUCCUCAUCCCAUGCCCAACCCCACACUCACUCCCACCAUUUGCAUAACACCAACCAUCAUCCCUCCAACACUUGUCCUACAAGAAGGAAGGCAACAGGGCUAGCAAAAAGAAAGGCCAAGAAAGGUCGGUCACCAUAUGGAAGGGAAAAACGAGCAGAUAGAAGAGCUCCAGUCCUGAAGAGAAAGAUCCCAGUCCUCUGGAGCAGGGGAAGCAGCCUCCACAGAGACAGAGACAGGCUCUGGGGCAGCCACACAGUCGUUAGCCUGGAGAGCAGCAGAGACAGCUCUAGGGAGACACCCAAGGAUGAGACACCUUGCUGGGUAGGAGAACAGAGAUUCCUGGGAAGGAGAGAGGCAGUGACACCUGAUGAGCAGUGCAGACCAAUGGAGAGGCCCUCAAAAGCCUCACAGAGUAGGGGCAGCACCUGGAAGGGGCUCCUGAUCAUCACAGCCUCCAUCCUCAGCUGCUGGAUCCAGCCAACGUCUGCUCAAGAUAUCACAGUUGAAGUAGAGCCACCCCUUGGGACACAAGGCUUAAGCGUCACCUUUCGUAUCGUGGGGUACUCGGGGACUCCUGUUAUGUAUAAUUGGUACUAUAAGACAUCAGCUCAGCAACCCAGCAGGAAACAUAUCGUGACAUACAGUACUUAUAAUAGAAGACAGUUACAGACCAAAAUUCGGCAGAGGGUAUACCAUAAUGGCACCAUGUUUUUCCCCAACCUCCUCGUCAAUGACUCUGGUUACUAUGAAGUACAGAUCAUCAAAGAUAGGUGGACUCUGGACAGACCUGAAGCAGGAGCCCCACUGACUGUGUAUGGUGACCUGGUUCUUGCUCCACUCUCUUUGAUCCAUUCUCCAUUGCUCCUUUCAUCCCUGCUCAGGGCAGCAGAGCAUUACCCAAGGGUCUUGUCAUCACUCUCUUCCUCCAUUUGAAGGCACUUAAGGGGGACCUACCUCCUUCUAAAACUGUAAUGGCUCACAUGUAUGCAAUACUUGAGGAUUUAUAAAGAGCUUUUGUACAUGGUCUCAUUUGAUCCAACAACACUAUGAGGGAGAGAUUAUUAUUUUAAUUUUAUAGAGGAGGAAAUGGAGAUAUAGAUAGGGACUUGCAAUUAAGUCACACAGGCAGUAACAUUCUGAGAUAGGAUUUGAAUUCUGCCCUUUCUCACUCUUAAGUCUGGAAUUAUGCCACUAUGUCAUGCCUGUCACCAGAUCCAUUGGGGUUAUCAAGACACCUUCCUAAAUG